UUAAUUAUCUGUAUUAAAGUUUUAGUUUGUAGGGUUUUUUGAAAUGCAUAUGUAUUUAAAUAGCGAGUGAAAAGUGUGUUGUUGCUGCGAUUUCUGAUUCACAACGUUCGAAAUUCGGUUAGAAUAAAAUGUAAAUUUUAAGUUGAUUGUGCCGAAAUAUGCAAGUCUUCAAUUAACAUUAAUAUUGAGAAAUUAUAAAGUGAUUAUCAGUGUAGAGUCGGAGAUAUUUAUGCAAUUUUUAUUGAUCUAAAUCUCAGUGGGUUGAUAUUUGUCCUUCAGUGCUAGCCAAGGCCAAUUUCCAAUAUUUCAUCUUUUAGUGUUAAAAUAGCGCUUCUAAUACGCUUAUUCAACAAAGGUUUGGACUGAAAUAUGUAGGUAUGUAUUAGCUCCUCAUCCUGAAAUAACUUGCAAAGCUGUAUUUUAACCUUUUCGUUCCCGUUACGAGAAGCGUUGAAUAGUCUUAAAAUUAUCAAUUUUCUGGAAUUAUUGCGUAGUUCACAAUAAAAAAUGUGUUGUGAGUUGUGUAGCGUCACACAGCGUAAAGCCUGGGUUUUUGGUUUUGGAACCUUCUUUGCGGCUCUGGGCGUUGCUUUACUGAUAUUUUGGAAUGGCAUUGCGGAUACCAUUAUGCAAAAUAACUUAAUGCUGAGAGUCGGCUCUGAAUCCUAUAAGAAUUGGGUAGAGGCACCAAUUCCAAUUUACUUAGAAUUUCAUAUGUUUAACUGGACGAAUCCCGCAGAGAUACGAAAUCCGAAUGUCAAACCUCACUUUGUUGAAAUGGGGCCAUAUGUAUUUCUUGAGAAACAUUUGAAGCAGAAUAUUACUUUUUAUGAAAACAAUACAGUCUCGUACUUUGAGAAACGCACUUGGUUCUUCGAUGAGCAGCGAUCUGGCGGAUCUUUGGACGAUAUGCUAACAGCGGCCCAUGUCAUAACAGCAACUGUUGCCGAUGAGAUGAGACACAGAAACAAAUUUAUUAAAAAAAUUCUGAACUUCAUGUUGAAUAAUGAAGGUGGUGAACUGUACACGACCAAAACGGUACGCGAGUGGAUUUUCGAGGGAUAUAAGGAUAAAUUAAUCGAUUUCUUAAACCUUUUCAAUACAACGAAAAUAAAUAUCCCCUACACUCGUUUUGGUUGGCUCGUAGAUCGAAACGAUUCCGCCGAAUAUGACGGUCUCUUCACGAUACAUACUGGUGUCGAUGACAUGGCCAAUUUGGGUCGUUUGACGCAUUGGAAUCAGAAGACUGAGACUGGGUUUUACAAGGCACCGUGUGGCACAGUUAAUGGAACUACCGGCGACCUCUUUCCACCACAUUUGAGUCCUCUACAGGAGAUUACUAUCUUUGCAACGGAUGCGUGUCGAUAUAUGAAUUUGGCACCGAAUGGAACUAUUGAAAGGUAUGGCUUAACGGGAUACAAUUGGGUUGGAACGACCGAAACACUUGAUUCUGGCGAAAACUAUCCGAAUCAGAAAUGCUUCUGUGAUUCAAAUUCCGACGAAUGUCCAAAAACGGGUGUCGUAGAAUGUAAAAAAUGUCGUAAUAAUGCCCCGAUUUAUGCCUCAUUUCCACACUUCUAUUUGGCUGACUCCGCCUAUUUGAAUGCUGUAUCAGGAUUACAGCCGGAUGGGAGUAAACAUAGUUUCAAUUUAGCCAUAGAGCCAACCACUGGUAUUCCGCUCGAAGUGAAUGGCCGUUUGCAAAUUAAUAUGAUGAUCCAACCAGAUCCAGAUUUCGAUAUAUACCGCGGUGUGCCGAAUUUCCUAAUGCCCAUGUUUUGGUUCGAUCAGCGUGCGGAAUUAGAUGCAAAGUUAGCCGGUAGAACGAAACUUGUUCUUGCGUUGGGUGGCUACGGAUUCUAUACUGGAAUCGGCUUUAUAUCGAUUGGUGCUAUAUUGUUCAUUGUUGGCAUAGUUUUAACUGUCACCAAGCGAUGGAAACGAAUACCAAAUGAUGAUGAAGACAUGCUUACGAAUUAAGCCCUCAGAAGAGAAGAAGUUAAAAUGUAACUUGUUUGUUAUUUAAUGAACGCAUAGCUAUGCCUAUAUAAUUUUUGUACAAAAUCACGUUAGCAGUAGCGAAAGUGCCAGAAAGUUAUUCUAGUAACGGAACAAAUCUGUGAAUACUUGCAUAUUAUACUUAUUGCUCUUAUAUGCUUAUGUUAUUAUAUAUUCACCUGCAAGCCUAUUUUGUUUUGUCUGGUUUCCCUUUGUAAAUUUUUAUAUUCGUUACAAACAAAGAGUUAUGUAGAGGAUUACGUAUUUUUAGUUAAAGAAUAAAAAAUAAAAUAAAUAUUAUAAAAAUACAA